AUGGAGGAGCUGAGCUACACGCUGAACAUGGAAACGUUGGCUGCGGCAUGGGUUAAGGAUUGCCCACUCGAUAAGGUCAAGAAGGCGGAUACUAAAACUGGGAGGACGACGUAUAUCGACGAAGACAACAAACUAACGUUUGCUCAGAUGAUUGAUAAAAUUGGUGACGAAGGUGAUGAUUUUGAUUAUGACAGCAAUAGUUGCGACGACAAGAAUUGUCUGAACUAUAAACAGGUAAUAUGGGCUAAUACAAAGGAAGUUGGAUGUGCAAAGAUGAAAUGCGCUGUAAAAGAUGAUGAAGAUGAAGAUAACGAGAAAGCUACACUCAUGGCCUGUUUCUACACACCCACGUAA